AAAUGUAAACAAACAAAAUUUUAGAAAGUUUAACUAAAUUCUCAAUUUUAAAAUGAAAUCUACUUUGAUCAGUAUUAUAUUUUUUGUGACAUUAAAUUAUCAUCACUUUGUAAUAAGCAAAAAGCUUAAUGUACUUGAUCAUUUGGGAACACGCACACCAUACAGAUUUAGGUUUAAUAAAGAUGAUUCUAAGAUAAUGUAUCCAAGUUGCAAAGACAGUAAGAUUUGGAUGAUAGUGCGCCAUGGUACAAGAUUACCUGGAGCUAAAGAAAUACGAGGCAUGAAUAGUACUCUUAAAGAUAUAAAAUUAGAAAUUUUACUUCAGCAUAAACUUGGUAAAGGACACCUUACACAAGAACAAUUAAAUGACUUAGAAGAAUGGACCAGCAAAGUAGAUUUGGAAAGUGAGAAAUAUUUAACCCUUGAAGGAAGAGAUGAAAUGAUAUUACUUGCAGAAAGGAUGAAAAAUAGAUUCCCAAAUGCAAUUAAAAAUAAAUAUAGCAAUAAAACAUUUUUGUUUCGUUAUACAGCUACAGAAAGAGCGCAGCAAAGUGCCAGGUACUUCACACAUGGUUUGUUUGAUAGAAAACAUGCCCAAGAUGUAAUAUUUUUACCAGCCACUAAAGUUGAUCCAGUAUUACGAUUUUACAAACACUGUGAUAGGUGGCAAAAACAAGUUAAGAAAAACCCAGAUACAUACAAGGAACAAAAAAUAUUUGGGAAUAGUAGUGAAAUGAAUAAGACUUUAGAAUCUGUAUCAGAACGGCUGGGUCUCAAUAGAGUGCUGAGUCUAGAUGAAGUGAAUUUAAUAUACAAAAUAUGUGGAUAUGAAUCAUCUUGGAAUAAACAUCAGGUUUCUCCAUGGUGCUAUGCCUUUGAUAUAGAGAGUGCUAUGAUACUAGAGUAUUAUCACGACCUCAAACAUUACUGGAUGGAUGGAUAUGGACAUAAUUUAACGUAUCGUCAAGCGUGUUUAGCACUUAAAACUAUGUUCAAAAUGUUUAGUGACAAACCGGAUCCAUUCGCAGUAUUCAUGUUCGCUCACUCCGGCACUUUGCUGAAGCUACUCACUCAUAUGCAACUUUAUAAACCGGACAAUCCCCUCACCGGUGAUUCACUGGACAAGAACAGGCCGUGGAAAGUGUCACAGAUUGAUUGUUUUGCAUCUAAUUUAGCAUUUGUAUUGUUUAAAUGUAAAGAUGGCGACCACGUUUUGACACUGCAUCAAGAAAAAGUGGUCAAAUUACCAAUGUGUGAAACAGAGCUGUGCCCAUUGGAACGACUUACAGAAUAUUUUCAUGAUUCCAUAAAUAACUGUGAUUACAAUGACAUGUGUAGUCUAGACAAUGAUCGUAGCAAAUUUGAUGGAUGAGAUGAUAAAUUUGACUAUCAGUAAAUCAAUGCUUAAACGCUUGUCAAUUAUAUAAUGUAUUAUGCAUACAGCUUUAAUUUUUUAUGAACUUAUAUUUGAAUACAAAUGUUAGUUCACCAAAUAGGUUUUUUUAAUUUUCUAUAAUGUGGCUAUGGGGGAUCGGGAAAAAUGAAUUCAAAUCAAAUGAAAAGAUAUUAAGUCAUGUAGGUCUAUUACAGACUUAUGAAAUAUC